AUGUAUCUUAACGUGAUCUCACCUGGGAACCUGGAUUAGCCAGCAAAUUACCCAGUUGAUUACUCCGGCAAGCCAUCCCCGGUGUCUUGUCAAGGGUCAAGAGCGAGCUGGCCAGUGGCAUGGAAGGAAGGAAACUCGCCAAAGAAUCCCCAAAGGAGAUCCACCCCACGCGCACCAGCUCAUCAUUGUCGCCCCUCCCAUCAUCGAUAUGUUCUCCCCCAAAUCGAUUCCUUCGUUCGUUCACCAUUGAUCCCCCUAUUUAUACCCGCGCACCUGCGCAUCAGUUGCUCAUCGAUCGAUCACCGCCGCCGAUCUCCCUAAACUAACAGAGCUACCUAGCUCGAUCAGCCAGUUGAUUAAUUAGAUAUGGCGCCUCAGAGCUUGGAUCUUGGGCUGAGUCUUGGCCUGGGCUUCGUCUCCUCCAGGUCCGGCGGCUUCGUCCCCUACUCUGGCGAUGCGCCGGCGGACCGAGAACAAGAAGUGGCGAUGCCGGAGGAGGAGAGGACGACGACUUGUUCGCCCGGUAGCCCGGCGUCGAGCGGCGGCAGCGGGACGAAGCGGUCGGCCGGCAGCGGCGACGAGGACGACGUGGACGCCGACGGCGGCGGCAUUAACGGGCGCAAGAAGCUCCGGCUGUCCAAGGACCAGGCCGCCAUCCUAGAAGAGUGCUUCAAGACCCACCACACACUCACUCCGAAGCAGAAGCUGGCACUGGCCAACAGCCUUGGCCUUCGGCCGCGGCAGGUGGAAGUGUGGUUCCAGAACCGGCGGGCGCGCACCAAGCUGAAGCAGACGGAGGUGGACUGCGAGCACAUGAAACGCUGGUGCGAGCAGCUCGUGGACCAGAACCGCCGCCUCGAGAAGGAGCUCGCCGACCUCAGGGCCGCCGCGCCGGCGCCGGCGCCGCCCCUCAUGACCACGCUCACCAUGUGCCUCUCCUGCAAGAGCGUCGCCUCGUCGUCUUCCUCGUCUCCGGCCUGCGCGCCCAAUGCCGGAAUCGGCAUGGGCAUGGGCAUCGGCAUGCCGGGUCCGGCGGCGCCGUUGACCGGUCAGCGGCAGUUCUGGUGUGGGUACAGGGAGACCGCCGGAGCGGCGGCGGCGGCGUACGGGGUAUCCUCUGGGCUUGCCAAGGCAGUCAAGCCAGCCAGAUAGAAGGACGACUGAACGAUCGAUCGAGCUCUCUCUCUGCUCUGCCGCGCGCCAUGAUCAACGUAGCAAAAAGCAAGCUAGUAACUAAAAUGGCGGCACUGUCACCACUCACAAGUUCAAGCAAGUUUAAUUAGCAGGAAAUUUCGCGAUUUUUUUUUAAAUUUUCCUGUGCCUUUUGAGAGGAAAUCGGCAAUUUAGUUUUGACAAAUUAAUUAGGAUCAUCCCAUAGAUUGAUCGAUGCAUGAGUUCCCGGCCGGACCCGGAGACAGCAAAAAUGUAUGCAUGUGGAAAGUUGAUGAAAUAAUUAACAGGAGAAACUAAUUCAUUUCAAACUUUUUA